GCAAACGAGGCAGCUCUGCCCGUCUGCUGUGCUGUCGGUGAUCAAGGCAAAUUUUGCAACCGUCCUCCUCCCCUACCCCCCUGGUACUUCCUCCAUCUGAGAGAAUUCUAUCUGUCGUUGGCUGUGAGAGAAGCGUGAGGAGCGUGGCUCUUCACUUUCACGGAACACAGAGAAAGGCAUGGCGGAGCGGACGUUAGUUAGAAAACAACAGCCAAAGCACAUGAAGCCAAAACAAGAAGAAGGGGGACGAGUGAAGCUUCUCCAGCGGAGAGGUAUCAGCAACAACUAGCGCGCACGGGAUUCUAACGGCGUGACAGCUUUUGGAUUCGUGUAGAAAAACGAAAAAGUUUUGCUGCAGCAUUUCCGUUGGCUUUUGCGCGGCUCUCCUUUUGAUACUUUGUAGCUGUCUGUCUGGAUUAUUUUCAUUCUGUGCAUGCCUCAUUCGUCCCCAAUGUCAUUGGAUUUCUACUAUAAGGGACUUGUGUUUUCCUUUUCUGUUUAAUUGUUGCUACUUUGUCGUUUGACAUAUAUUUCCUUUGAAAGUGUUUCCCUUGAGCACAACUGUCAACAGCCAGUCUCGCCGCUUGAGUCCUUUAAUAAUUAAAAAGUAAAUCUGUGUUGGAGUUGGCUGGCUGGCUGACUGGACGUACGGUAGAAGGCAUGGGAGCUAAACAGAGCAGUCCUGCCGCCACCGGGCGCAUGAGGGCUUAUUCAGGCUCGGACCUUCCAUCAAGCACAUCGACUAGUAACGGAAACAGUCGGACAGCUGCCGUGGGGGUGAGGUAUGCCUAUGGCGGCACGGCACACGGAGCCUCAGGUGCCAGCGGCGCAUCUCACCACAUUAGCUCCCGCGCGCGCUCCGUCGGUGGCAGCGGCGGAGGCUCGGGGGCCCGACCCCAGUCUAGCAUCAACAUACCGACCAGUGGCGCUUACAGCUCGCAGGAAUCUGGCAGCAGCACCCCGGAGGAGAGCGGUGGAGACCGGGACAGGUCAGGUGCUGGUCACGGAGGCCCGCGGCUGUUGAUCGGAUCUCUACCUGCUCAUCUCUCGCCUCAUCUGUUUGGAGGCUUCAAAUGCCCGGUGUGCUCCAAGUUUGUGUCCUCGGAUGAGAUGGACCUCCACCUGGUCAUGUGUUUGACCAAACCCAGGGUCACCUACAACGAGGAUGUGCUCAGCAAGGAUGCUGGAGAGUGUGCCAUCUGUCUGGAGGAGCUGGUCCAGGGAGACACCAUUGCCCGCCUGCCCUGCCUCUGCAUCUACCACAAAGGGUGUAUUGAUGAGUGGUUCGAGGUGAACAGGUCGUGUCCGGAGCACCCGUCAGACUGAAGAGCCUCCUCACCUGUGCACAGGUGUUGUUCUUCUCGGCGUGGAAAAAGUGAGUGGUGUGCUCCCGUAACAGACAGCAAUGUGAAUCCCUUCUCCCCUGGGUGUCUGACUGCUGGCCUACCGACACCUGUCCUCGAUUACCGCACCGACCCCCACCCAGCGUGACGAUGAUCCCACC